AUUCCUUUUUUAAUUUGGAAUAAGAAGGGUGUUGGCAACAUGCAAGAACUUAGAAAGGACUCUGAACCUGCGAUUAAUGGAGAAAUGGGUGGCUCAAAGUUCUUUCCUUGGAAUACAAAUGCAAUGGCUCUAUCGUUUCCCCCUCAAACCUUUUCUCUUCCGUCUCCGAUCCCUCAAUGGCCUCAAGGUGGCAAUUUAUCAUAUCAACCUUUUCCUUAAUAUCAAUAUGCGGUAUUAUUUGGAUUUUUGAAGGCUACACUAUGCAUUUCUUUUCAUCCUUUAUGCAAACAAUUACGUCUUGUUUUUCUUCCUGUGUAUGCAGAGCAGAUUAGAUUGCUCUUUUCACUCUCAUUCCUUUCUGGAUCAUCAUUUAUGUACCUUUUCCCAUGGCAUGCUUGAUGAGACUUGAUGAAGUUAUCUUUGGGGAUGGUUUGCGGACAAGGUUUUGCUUCCGGCCGUAUAAAUCUUGGUGAAAUAGAAGUUUCCAUGGUCACCAGGUUUGAGUUUAUUUGGAGUAGCAGUGCUAUGCAAGACACUAAAAAUGCUGUUACAUUCUAUAGGCCUGUAGGAGUACCUGAUAGUUUUCGUAUUCUUGGUCACUAUUGUCAAUCCGAUAACAAGCCUUCAAGGGGUUUUGUACUUGUUGCAAGGGAAGUUGAAACUGCUGAUAUUAACAAUCAAGAUAAGUUACCUCCUAUGAAGAAUCCCCUUGAUUUUAGUUUGGUUUGGGGUGAAAAUGGAAGAAAUUUGAAAACUUUAGGCGUAUACUUUUGGGUACCUGAACCUCCUGCAGGUUACAAGGCCCUUGGAUGUUUGGUUACUACCAAACCUGUGAAGCCUUUUUUGGAUGAAAUGUGCUGUGUUCGUACCGAUCUCACCUAUAGAUGUGAACCUUAUCGCCAAUUACUCACUGCUGGCUCAAGCAUUCCUGAGUUUUCAUUUCAGGUGUGGAGUUUGAGACCUUGUGAUCGUGGCAUACUAGGGAAAGGAGUUUCUGUUGGGACUUUUUUCUGCAGCAAUGGCUGGUGGACCAUGACAGAAGAUGUACCUGUUGCAUGCUUGAAGAAUUUAAAUCCUGCAUUGCAAGCAAUGCCAAAUUUGCAACAAAUACAUGCACUUAUUAAGCAUUAUGGCCCUACUGUUUUCUUUCAUCCUCAGGAAAUUUACUUGCCAUCUUCUGUGGAAUGGUUUUUCAACAAUGGAGCACUUUUGUACACAAAGGGUGUAUCUGCAGGAGAGAAAAUUGAUGCAAACGGAUCAAAUCUACCAGGUGGGGGAACAAAUGAUGGUCAAUAUUGGAUAGAUUUGCCAAGAGAUGAUAAAAGGGAGCUUGUCAAACGUGGGAACUUGAAAAGUGCAAAGGUUUAUGUUCAUGUGAAGCCUGUUUUUGGAGGAACUUUUACUGACAUUGCAAUGUGGGUGUUUUGCCCUUUCAAUGGACCAGCCACUCUGAAAAUUGGAAUCAAGGAUAUUCCUUUGAGCAUGAUUGGAGAGCAUGUUGGUGAUUGGGAGCAUUUUACACUUCGCAUAAGCAACUUCAGUGGAGAACUCUACAGUAUAUACUUCUCACAGCACAGUGGUGGUGAAUGGGUAGAUGCAUGUGACUUGGAAUAUAUUGAAGGUAAUAAAGCUAUUGUUUACUCAUCAAAAUCUGGACAUGCAAGUUACCCUCAUGCUGGUACCUGCAUCCAAGGUUCUUCAAAACUUGGGAUUGGCAUUAGGAAUGAUGCUGCUCGCAGCAAUUUGUAUGUGGAUUCUAGUAUUCAGUAUGAGCUUGUUGCAGCUGAGUAUCUUGAAAAUGAGAUCACUGAACCUCAAUGGUUGCAAUUUAUGAGAGAAUGGGGCCCCAAAAUUGUUUAUGAUUCAAAAACUGAGCUGGAUAAGGUAAUCAAUGCUCUUCCUCGGCUGCUCAAGUAUUCUGUAAAGGGCUUAUUUAACAAGUUCCCAGUGGAACUUUAUGGUGAGGAAGGUCCCACUGGGCCAAAAGAGAAAAAUAAUUGGUUACAGGAUGAAAGAUGGUGAUUCUCUGGUGAGUAUAAAUUUUGGACUGUUUUGUUGCAAUUGAAUUUGAAUGUACAUAUAGAUAUAUAGAGACAUAGAUAGAUACAAUUAUGCACCAAGUUUUAGGUUUGUCUCUUGAAUGUUUGGCUAAUGAUUUGUGCAUCACCUGUAAUAAUAGCUGCAUAAAUCUCGCAGUUGGAUUGGAUGAGAAUUCUUACACUGAUUGCCUCUCAGUUAUACUGAAUAUCUUAAUUGUUGUACAAUGCUUCUUCUGUAACAAAUUAAUGGUGCUACCACUGAACCAUGUGAAAGAAUCAUAUUCAUGUAAAUCUUGCAGAUAUAUAACAGACCCUGCUUUUCUUCUUUGGUAUUUUCUCUGGUAUUUUCUUCUUUUCCAUACUUUUCUCUUUUUAUUUCCUUUAUUUUGAUAUUUUCGCUUCAUUUUAUCUUUCUGUAUUUUUAUUGUCUUCCUGAAUUUGUAUUUCCUUCGCUGUAUUGUGUAAACCAUAGUUUUCAUAUUUUAAUCUUGAACAACAUUUCUAAUUUAACAAAAAAAAAAUCAUUUACAAGAAAGAAAAAAAAACAAUUUACUCGUUAUGAAUAAGACUAAAUUCAGAAUUUUCUUGAGAACUAAUUUGGGCACUUGAUAUAAUUUGAAAUGUCGAUACAUUAAAAAAGUGAUCCAUGGAGAAAUAUACUGAUCAUGUUUCAUAUAGUGCUUCUUUUUUAUCAUUCUUACAAACUAAUAGGAAUCAUAUUUACUGUUCUA